AUGGAUAUCGACAAGUGCAUCGCCCAGCUGCAGGAAGUCAAGUGCCUGUCCGAGCGGGACCUGCAGCUCAUCUGCGAAAAGGUCAAGGAGCUGCUCCUCGAGGAGUCCAACGUCCAGCCCGUGAAGGCCCCCGUCACCGUCUGCGGGGACAUCCACGGGCAGUUCUACGACUUCCUGGAGCUGUUCCGCACGGGCGGCGAGAUCCCCGACUCCUCCUACGUGUUCAUCGGGGACUUCGUGGACCGAGGCUACAACUCCGUGGAGACGUUCGAGUACAUGAUGUGUCUGAAGGUGAAGUACCCGGGACACAUCACGCUGCUGCGGGGCAAUCACGAGACCAGGCAGAUCACCCAGGCCUACGGGUUUUACGACGAGAUCGUCCGCAAGUACGGCAACCCCAACCCCUGGAAGUUCUGCACCGAGGUGUUCGACUACCUGCCGAUCGGGGCAGUCAUCGACGGCAAGAUCUUCUGCAUCCACGGCGGACUGUCCCCCGACAUCAAGACCAUCGACCAGAUCCGCCUGAUCGACCGCAAGGUAUAAGUUCCCCACGAAGGGCCCUUCUGCGACCUCAUGUGGUCCGACCCCGACGACAUCGAGGACUGGGGCAUAAACGCCCGCGGGGCCGGCUGGAACUUCGGGGGCAAGGUGACGAAGCAGUUCAACGACCUGAACGGGCUGUAGUUGGUAGCGCGGGCACACCAGCUGGCGCCGCAGGGCUACCAGUACUGGUUCAAGGAGGAGUCGCUGGUGACCGUGUGGUCGGUGCCGAACUACUGCUACAAGUGCGGGAACGACGCAGCGAUCCUGUCGCUGGACGAGAAGCUGAGCCGGUUCUUCAAGAUCUUCAAGACUGUGCCCGAGUCGACCAACUCCACGCAUUACCGACAGGUCAUCCCCUAUUUCCUUUGA